AUGGCAUAUGGGACUGCAAGUCCAACGGCAUUCAUGCCCCGUCGACUGAGAGUAGUUGUCAUUGGCGCCGGAAUAUCCGGGAUCCAAAUAGCCCACGAUCUCAGCUCACGGAUGAAGAACAUAGCUCUGAAGAUCUACGACAAGAACGAAAGCGCCGGGGGCACCUGGUUCGAGAAUCGGUACCCAGGGUGCGCCUGCGAUGUUCCAUCCCAUGGGUAUCAUUAUAGUUGGGCGCCAAAUCCCCGCUGGUCCACGCUAUAUGCCUCCGCGCCUGAGAUAUGCGCCUAUUUAGACUCGGUGAUUGCCGACCAUGGGCUGGCGAAGUACAUUCGGCUUCAACAACGAUGCGUGUCUGCGACAUGGGAUGAGAGAACCUCGUCCUGGAUCACCACGUUCAAGCAUGAGACUACCCAGGAAGAGACCGUCGUCGAGGCGGAUGUCUUAGUCUAUGCUGUUGAACGGCUGAAUAAUUACAAACUCCCGGACUUUCACGGGAGGGCUGGAUGUCACGGCGAUAUUUGCCAUACAGCGUGUUGGCCAAAGGGCCUAGUAGUGUCGGGAAAACGAGUUGCUGUUCUGGGAAACGGCUCCAGUGGAAUGCAAUGCGUCGGUGCCCUGCAGUAUGGCGCAGACGCUGCAGAGCUAAUCAACUUCUGUCGAAGCCAAACGUGGGCUGGUCCUGGGCUUUUCGACGAGAAUAAAAGGUUCACGGAGGAAGAGAAGCUUGAGUUUACGAAUAACCCCGACUUGUAUCACAAGUAUCGCACCCAGCUCGAGCGGCAGAUCGCAUCCGCUUUCCGUGUGCUGUGGAAGAAUACCCCAGCACAUCACGAAAUGCGAGCACGGGUGGAGUCUUACUACGAUCACAAAAUCCAGGAUCCGAACCUCCGAAGAAUGCUCCAGCCAGACUUUGCCCCAGCGUGUCGGCGGUGGACCAUCGGCGAUUCGUACAUCGAGGCCAUGCAGCAGCCGCAUGUGCAUCUAGUUCAGGAUCAUGUCGCUAGCCUGACUGAGACUGGCGUGCAGACGUGCUCAGGAGAGGAGUACGAUUGCGAUCUUGUCGUUUGCGCCACGGGCUUUGAGCCCUACGCCUCCCGCUUCCCAAGCUACAUGGCAAGCAUGGUGGCUGGAUUUCCCAAUCUCUUUGCUUUCCAUCCACCCCAUUGCCCUGUGAACGGCUCUGUCAUCCCAGGCAUCGAACGGACGUCCGACUACAUCAUUCGGAUCCUGACGCGACUGCAGACUGACUGUCUCCGAUCAGUGAGUGUCAAGCCCGAAGCGCAGCACCAAUUUGUCCGCUGGGCUCAGUCCCGCAUGCCUCACCUGUCGUGGUCUGAUCCAUGUAGCUCAUGGUACAAGAACAAAGAAGGGCGAGUAGUGGUUCCAUGGCCGGGAACAAACCACCAUUACUAUGCCGCCACAGAAAUCGUUCGUUGGGAGGAUUUUGACCUCCGUUUCGAGAAUCCGACACAGAAGUAUGCGAGCUUUGGGAAUGGGGUGACAGAAGAUGGCUUCGCACCUGAGUUCAUCCCUUGGGUGCUGACACCCGAGGGGCAACAGGUUAGGAACUGAUCUUCUUAGCCGAGGUUUGUGUCGAUCUUGUUCAUCACACACAUAACUCUUCAAUUGGAAUCGAUAUAUCACGCGCGAAAAUCUUGCCAACCACCGUGACUUCGAGUCCCGACAGGUACAAGUCGACCUGCACAUCCUAUAUAAUCUUUUAGUUGAAGUGCUAGUAAGUAUACAGGGUUCGAAAACUUAAAUACACACUUGAAACCUGCUCAAUCAAACUUAAUUGCAGCCAACCAUGAGAUAGAUCCGUCAGAGCAUGAUCGUAGCAGGA